AUAUAUAUAAAUAUAUGAAAAAUUGAUGUGGGUACUCAAAUGAAAGGUCUCGAUGAGUGUAAUGUCGGGGUUAGCUCACAUCUUUAAAAAGAUCAUUAGUUGACAAGAUAGCAUUGUCAGCUUUUAAUUAUUGACAUUUUUGAAGAUAUAAACUUAUCCUGAUUAUAAUUAAACUAUUAAAUUAAUUCCAGCCGAUUCAAUUAGUACAAUAUACGAUAGACGUAGCACCAGCAGGCAAAAUACCUAAUGGAAAAACAGAAAUUCCAUUUGAAUUGCCUCUCAAACCUAGAGGGUCAAAAAGUUUAUACGAAACGUAUCAUGGAGUGUUUGUUAAUAUUCAAUAUGUAAUAAAGUGUGACAUAAAAAGAAGUUUUUUGGCCAAAGAUGUUAGUAAAUCACUUGAGUUUAUGGUCGAAGAUAGAACACCGAUAGGUAAAGAAAUAAAGCCACAAGAGCCUGUUAGACCAGUUACUUUUAAAAUAGUACCAGAGUCGCUGCAAAAUAUUAGAGAUAAAGCAAGUGUUCCUGAAUUUAUUAUUUCGGGACAGAUUGAUAAAGUUAUUUGUAAAUUAUCUGAACCACUUACUGGUCAAGUUAUUAUUGAGGAAACUGCAGCUCUAAUAAAAUCAAUUGAAUUGCAAUUGGUGAGAGUUGAGACUUGUGGAUGUGCUGAAGGUUACUCUAGAGAUGCUACAGAGAUACAAAAUAUUCAAAUAGGAGAAGGAAAUGUUUUUACUUGCGCCUUUGGGGGACUUCUCACAUUUUGA